CUUCUACGCCACAAUAUAAACAUAAAAACCACCCCCGCCACCUGUCAAGCCAGCCAGUCAACUGACAAUGAAUGGUUGUCAUAGGAUGUGUUGACAGUAUGGCGUCGUAAGCAACCAAAGCUAUGAGGAUAUUAACAUUAUUGUAAGUUGUGGUGGAAGAAGAGUGAAAUAAGCUUUCUAUCAAGAAAAAAAAAAAAAAUUCAGAUAUCAGUUUAGGGGAUUGAACAGGACAAAUGGGAAAAGGUUAAAAACAAUAUAGAAGCUAGUGUCUGUGAGUUAACUGAUACUAGCUUUAAUCAACAAUUGUUUAGAUAUUAUUUACUGAUAAUGAAAGAAACUGACAGUAUAUUGUAAUAAAAAAAGAAAAGAAAAACUUUAAAAAAUCAAUAAGUACAAUCGAAGGUUUUGAAUUCAUGAAGGCAGUGGUGGUGAAGGUGUUGGUGAUAUGUGCGAGUUGUCUCCACCUGGCCUACGCUAACUAACUCCGAAUGGCUUGAAACGUUACCUAGGUCGUAACACCCGAGUAACGAACUACUAAUGAAGAGUAAAGGUGUUUUUUAGAAGACAAACAGCGAAGGAGAAGAGAGAGAAAGAGAUGAGAAGUUGUGAAUUCAGUACUCAAUGAUUGACAUAUACCAAAAACAAAACAUUUGAAUGACUAUUAGAACCUCACUUGAAGUUCAUUAUACGGUGAUCAAUGAAAACGUUUUUGAAUAGCUACUUUGACCAUAAAAUAUUAAUUCAUUAGUGAGAAGCAUCAAAAGCCAGACUUAACACAGGAAAAAUACUAGUGAUUAUGCUGCGUUCAUGCCUUUCUGAACGAUAAUAUAGCGUAAAAUAUCGAAAAGUAGAAAAAAAAAAAAUGUAGACGAAACGAAAGUAAAAAAGAAAGUAAAUGAAGUUGAAUAUUGGAAAUCGUUUGUUAUGAACUUAUACAACACUAAAGUUUUCACACAGAGGGCUUAACGCAGCAAAGACUACUUUUCGUCUGCAGUCCAGCCAACUUGAAGCACACGACGCCAUGAAAGAAAAUAUCGACACUAGAAAGUGAAAGGAAAAUAUUUUAAAAUCUUGUUCAAAUAGCUGGAAUACAUUUGAUAAAUAUAUUUGAAUGGAAGUUGUAGUUAUUGAUGUUUGCUUGAUUAAAUUAUUUCUAAGGCACCCAUUUGAUUUAGUCAACUGAUUGAUUGAUCGAUCGAUCGAUUGAUUGAUUGAUUGAUUGAAAGCGAGUUGCUAAAACAGUCUGAGGUCGCCAGUCAACACUUCGAUGCUAGAAGUCUUUAGCAGACGAUAAAACGAUAAAGGAGGGAAACACGACAUUUCCACCUCAUAUUUUCACUUUCACACGUACGCAAACACACAUAUACACAUAAAUGAACACACACACACACGUACAUAAACACAUUGGUACUCUUAUUCAUUACAAAGAGAAAAAUAAUAAUGAUAAAAAAAACAGCGAGAAAGAGAAAAGAUAAUCAGAGAGAAACUGACUGAGAGACCGAGAAGGAGGGAGAGAGAGACAGAGGAAGAAAGAAAUGAGAACGACAAGGAGAGAAGCAGAGAUAAACGUAUAUUGAAAGACAGUAAAUUGAGUAACAAAUGCACAGUGUUAAGAUGAAUAAAUAGUUAGAAAAAUAGAUAGAACGACAAACUAAUGUUGACUGGCAGAGAGAAAGACUUUCAGAGAGUGACAGAGAGAUUUAGACUGAGUGAUAGAUACUGAGAAAAAGACAGAAGGAGGAAAAAAAAAAGACAGUAAAACAUAGAAAGACAAAUAUAUUCACAGAUUGAUUGAGAGAGUUACAGUGACACAGACAGAGAGUAAGAAAAAAGAAGCGAGAAGAAACAGAAAAAGAGAGAGAAAGAUUGAGUGAGAUAAACAGACAUCGAUAGAGAUGUGUCAACAAGACACGGUCUUAUACCUUCGCUCGAAGCCUUUAAACAUGUGGGGUACACACAUAAACAUAUACACAUUAAUAUAUGCGCACUUAUACUAAAACACUCGUACACACUGACAUGCGUACAGUCACGCAGUAAACACGCACAGAAAGGAAAACGCGAACAGACAAACCACACAGAUGCACGCACCCACCUAUACAUCAAAAUGCAGAACAGUCCAAAGAAGUAAGCACACCCACCCAACUACAUGGCAAUUCUUUACCACUCAUAUCUACCUGUAUCUUUCUUUUUCGUGUAUCGUGAUGCAAUGGAAUUGAUUUCGUCUUGUUGAUAGAUAAUGCACCCCCAAUCAAGCAAGUGGAUUUCCCCUAAUAAUUUAUAGCCAAUCCAUGAAAAAGUGACUUUGUAUCAUACAAAAAGAUCAAAAGGAUAUACAUACAUACACACACAUAUGUAUGUAUAAACACACACACAAUUUAUAAGUUACGUUUACUAAAACACGUAACACGCAUAUCAACAGAAUGGCAACAAGACCACGAACAGUAGUGUGUUAUAUAUGUCACCGGGAGUUUGGAACCAGAUCUAUUGGUAUACACGAGCCACAAUGCUUGAAGAAAUGGAAACUGGAAAAUGAAAAAUUACCAAGUCAUUUACGGCGAAAAUUACCUAUAAAACCAGACACCUUGCCGGCUAUCUCUGGUUCGAACAGUCAAAAUAUAUCGAGAUUUAAUGAAGCUGUUUGGAAAAAUGCUCAAAAUAGUUUAUUUCCCUGUCCAAAUUGUGGUCGGACAUUUUUACCAGAUAGAUUAGAAGUGCAUAUCCGCAGCUGCAAAAGUAGCGAAGAUAAGAUUAAACCUAAACAAGAAAACAGACCCAAAGAAAAGAAAAUGAUUCGCUCUGAAACGGCGACACUGAUAACCCCAGUGUUAAUUACUAAGAAUCCUAGUGAAGAAGACAGUUCUUCACAAUCAAAAUCUACUUCAAAAAGACCUACCUUGCGUCGAGAAGGCACUUACACACCGGAAAGACAUUUAUCUCCUGAAAGGAUUCAGGAUAAUAAAAAUCCCGUUGUUUCUUGCAAGGCGUGUAGGUUUUGCCAACAAACCAUCUCUUCUAACUUAGUCGCUCAACACGAAGCUGAAUGUCGCAAAAACACAGAAUCAGAGAUUACGAUAUCACCUCGGGUGCAGGAAUUAGGGAAGUCCUCGAAAAUAGCAACUCUAAAAACAUCUCAAGAAUGGAAAUCAUCAAAGCAGAACAACGAAAAUAAUACAGUUCGAUCGUCAAAGAAUAUAACUCAAUCAUGUCCAAAUUGUGGUCGAAAUUUUACUGAAAUCCGAAUGUUUGUCCAUCUACGAGCUUGCAAACCGCGGCAACAGGAACAAAGCAUUCAAAGCAAAAAGCAAGAGCUGUCUCAAAAGGUGAAGUCUCAUUCCCCCAAGAUAUCAGUCAAACAGAGAUCAUCUCGAAUUUCUCCGGCCAAAAUUGAACCAAAAUUAGGAUUCCGUUCACAGGGACCGAUUCUGCCCAUGUGUUACAUUUGCGGACGAGAAUUCGGUAGUAAGUCGUUGCCAAUACACGAACCAAAAUGUUUGGAGAAAUGGAAGAAAGAGAACAGCAAACUGCCACCAAAGAUGAGACGGCCAUUACCUAUUAAACCUGCAGAUUCUGUCACCGGUAAUGAGAGAAAUGAAAUGGCUUGGAAAAUUUCUCAAGAAAGCCUCGUAGCUUGCGAAAAUUGUGCACGUACGUUUCUUCCAGAUCGUUUAAUAGUGCACCAAAAAUGUUGUAAACCAAAGCAAGAAACAUCUACGUCUACACUUAAAUCUAAAACCCGGGAGUUAUCUUCGUCUACGAUGCCGGCCAUUGGCAACAGACCAUGUACCAUAGUGUGUUAUAUUUGUGGCCGUGAAUUUGGUACCAAAUCAAUCUCGAUCCAUGAACCCCAAUGUCUGAAGAAGUGGCACAUCGAAAAUGACAAAUUACCGAAGAAACACAGACGACCAGUGCCCGUGAAGCCUGAUAGUAUUCUUCUCGUUCAAAGUAGCAGUGGUAUGUAUGACGUUGAUGCAAUGAACGAAGCUGCAUGGAAGAGUUCUCAAGCAGCAUUGGUCCCAUGUCGUGUAUGCAGUCGUACGUUUCAACCAGAUAGACUUAUCGUACAUGAAAAGAGCUGUCGACCAAAGAAGAGAUAAAAUAAAUAAAAAAUAAAGGCAAACGUAUUUUUGUAAUUGUUAUUGUGAAAAUGAAUUGUAUAUAAACACUCCGACAUUAAGCUGGGUUUCUCAUGCAUCGAACCAUCCAGUGUCAAAAGCUCAAUAUGAAUUCUGUGUCAGUACAUUGUUUAACAUGUUCUCAAAUCUUAUAUCUUCCAGCGGUCAUCUUUCUCAGCUGUUCUUCCAUUGUUGAAACCACUAUUAUUUUGUUCCUGAGUUCCCUUGUGGAAAAAAAAAAGAAUUUUGUUAUUAUUCAAUGGUCCAGUUUAUAUUCCCAUUUGGGAUCUCUUCAUAAUCAAUGCUAAUUUCCAUAUUCCAAUUCUAAUCAUAUAUGACACAAAAGGUGUCAGGUUUAUCUAAAUAAUAAUAAUGAUAAUAAUAACGAUGAUGAUGAUGAUGAUGAUGAUGAUGAUAACGAUAAUAAUAAUAAUAAUGAUACUAAUAAUAAUAAUAAUAAUAAUAAUGAUAAUAAUAAUAAUAUUUUUCUUUACUGGACACAAUCGCAACAAAAACAUUUAGGAUAAGUCAAAAACAAAGGACAGAUUUACAUAUGCACGUAUAAACAAAAUAAACAAUAGUAAUUAACAAGAGUAUUAUAAUAACAAAAUUACCAAAUAGGGGAUAGUAUCACCCAACAGUAACCAAAGAAUCCGACAGAUCUUGGAUUACCCCAGCUGCCAAGUGUUCCACUCCUAUCAAUUCAGUCCAUUCUAUAGGUGUAAGCUUAGGCCCACUCAUCGGAGCCAUCUUCACCAUAUUAACCCACUUAUUAACAAAUUUUUGGAGAGCAGCGCCUUCCUUUCAAACCUCACCUUCCUUUACAAAUGGCACUUAGAAGAGUCAACGGCAGGAGAGGAAAGUAUCUGCAGUCAGUAAUUUCAGUCUAGUUCACCAUACAACAUCCCUCACUAUAGUCACCAGACCGAGGAACGCUGUUAUCCCUUCUCAGUCAAAGGAAGGUGGUGGAGUGAUCUUCACAAUAGUGUCGGCUGAUAGCCAGACACUUCUUACUCGCACUCCACAAGUCAGCAAUGUUAGUACACUACGAGCGCGUGCAUCAUGUGCAGGCCUGGUGGACGACACCGCCAUGCCUAUAGAGUUUAUCCUGAAACGGUAAUAUCUCUCACCACACCCCGGCAGCAUUGCCGGACCAAGGAUUUCUAGAAAUUAUUCAUAGGCCCUUGACCGAAAGUCCUCCGAAACAGAGAAGCCAGUUUAUUUCCGGCGACGUCCAAAGUCUUUCUUGAAUAUGUAGUCGCUCUCGCUUAUCACAAAUCCUAUAUAGAAACUUAUGGUGAAGCUUCCAACGACCACAUUGUUCGACUGGCAGAAAACUUUGAGCCUCUGACGAUACUUUAGGUGUCGGGUGCCCGGCCUCGGUCUAUGCCUAAUCCAAGACUGCAACUCUGUCAAAGUGAGUCUAAUAAAGGUGACCGCACCUACACGCCGUCAAGGAAGCGCAAGAAAUGUCGCAACCUCUGCAUCUCAUUAGCCACUGCAUGCUCAGCCCUCAAAGCAGCAGAUGUUGACAGUGAAUGGAGCGUCUGUCCACCAGAAUCCGUCCCUUCCACAGUAAGUGGAAGAGUUGACACUCCAGUCGGGUCAUCAACGGAGCCGGGCAUGACACAAUAGCCAGGUAGUAGCAGGUGAUAGAUGCAAUGUAGGCGUUCUCCACCCCGCCCUACCCUUCAGGGUGAAAUUAGUGACACUGCUUGUCAUCUCGAACCAGUUCUUGUCUACCUAGAGAUCUCAACCAAAUCAGACACCGAAUAAUGCAACCGGUCAGUAACCCCAGGCAGCAUGAAUAUGACUCUCCAGAUGCCGAGCUGCAGGCCCAUCGACUUUUCCUGGUUAAUCUUUUCUUUUGUCAAUUUUUUUUUCUCAGAAAAGUGCCGAUCUGUCCCAAGAUUAUUAAGGUGACGACAUAAAAUUGCAUAUAUCUGUGCCGAUCUUUGGUUAUUACAUUGGCCAAGAUCUUAAAUUCUACAUUUUGUAGUAUUACUGGCCUGAGUUUGUCAAAAUCAACUCCCUUGUUCGGGUCCUUUCUCUGUAGCACUACUUACACCUCAUUUCGCAGAAUUGGGAAAUUUUCCAUUCUGCUGCCAGUUGCAGUAGACAUUUGUCAAGAGACCUCCGAGUAAGAUGACAUAUAAAAGUAAAGCUUGUAAGGCAGAGCAUCCAAACUUGGUGACUUAUUACUUGUGCAGCCAACCAUCACUUCCUGUAUGUCAUUAGCUGUUAUCGGCCUUUCGCAGAACUUUGCAUCUAGUCGUGAUCUGCGGUAGGUCAUUUAGGUAGGUGGUAAGGUCCACUCUGUCUCCAACCGCCCUAAACAGUUGAGCUAAAUGUCGCUGGAAAGCUGCACACAUCUGCUCGGAACGAAGUACCAUGCGCUUUUGCUGAUCCGUCAAAGACCGAAUUGUGGCUUUGUUGCCACGUUGUGCUUCUGCCUUACAGGACCAUCAAACAGCUUUCGUUCCCUCAUACCUUAUAGCGUGCACCUUUGUGCCCUGACAGCACAACCUUCGUGGUUAGCAUUGAAGACUUGCUCAAGAGUCAAUCUUGCCGUCAGCGCGUCAGUGGCAAAGCCUUUCCUUGGUACCUCCUCUGGGAUACUAACUAGCUUUUCCUCUACUCUAUCACUAUUUCUUUACUAAUCCAUGUUGUUUUUAAUCUAAUAGCCAUGUUUGAGCUGACCACCAUCGGUUAUUGAUGAAUGCCUUUGUUAACUUCCUCUUAAUUUAUUCUCUAAUCCGGUAACUACAAACUUGGCAUGCCUGAAAAGACGCGUUCUGUUUCCAAUAAUCAGGUUUCUAUUCUGCUUGUCAAGGUCGAUAGUACAGAUAAAAAUGUUUAGUGUAAGUAGCCGACCACUUUGAAUUGUGGGUAACCUAUACUGUCCCUGUUAGUUUGUCUACACAAUACUCCACCUAGACACGUUUUAGAUAAACCGAUGCUGUUUGCCCGUGUUCACAUCUGGGCAUUCGGGAAAUCUAGUCACUACCUGUCAAACAGUUGGAAUCGUAUGAACAGGUUUGUGAUGCUUUUGCACCCAACUCUCUUAUCAGUUAACACCACACAAUCCAAACGUGCAUCCAAGAUAUCGUUCCAGUUGUCCAUUAACGCUAAAGCAUUCUGACGUUCCAAGGAAAAUCUCCAGACUCCUAAAGAAAUCUGGUUGCCCUGACGAGGUUAUAGACAGCUGCUGGUCUGAAGGCACUCCUUCGUUACAUUUCACAUCCAAGAUAAUCAGUUUCCUUUUCGGGCCCAGGAAGAUCGACUGUUUCUCGAGAUUCAAAGUUUUUCUAAAACAACGCUGUCAAUCCACCUCCCAUUCCAGGUCCCUUACAGAUGUGUAGAUAUCAGUCAUCAAAAAUGGACGCUACGGCAUGUGUACUGAACAUCCUAGUAUCACUUAUGGUUAUCAUAUCCCUAGCUGAUGACUUGAGGUCAUUGAGCAAGUGUCCCUGAUUCCAGAUUGGCUCAUGAAUGCGCAUUUAUUCAACCUACUUUUAAAGUUGUCUUGUUGGUAGAAGGAAAGAACAAAGAAAAACAGGUCACCUAACUUAAAGAUGUUUCUUUAGGCAAUCGGUUAUAUAAAAAAAUACCUUCACCAUGUAGGGUUUUGCGGGGAGCCUUUGAAGUUGCCUGACGCUGGAGUUUCGAAUGUCAUUUAGAAAAUUUCAUUUUCUUAUAUUUGUCUACUGGCAGCCUUACAAAUUUCAAGUUCUCUGGGAUUUCCUCUGCGCUUUUAUUAUAGGCCCACCCCUCUAUCCUUAUGUCUCCACUUUGUACUUUUGAAUUGCAGUCCUUUAUUUUUACUUCUUACCAGGACAAAACUGAAUGUGGGUGCAAAUUGUUGCUGCUUUCGUUCUGGUCGUUGUUGGCAUUAUGCAGAUACUAGUUUUUCUCUUGUGUUUUCGUUGUUUUGUUAUGUUUUCUUUUAGUUGCUAUGAGUAGAGGUUAUGGUGUUGCUGGUGUUUUUGCUAUUGUUGUUGUUGUUGUUGUAGACAUAGCGUUAAAUGGGAGAGAUGUGGAGUUGGUGUUGUUUUAUGUUUUGUAUAACUUCUUUAAUGUUUCUUAACGUUUUUUAACCCUUUCUUUGAUGUUCUUUUUUUCAUUUUUGGUUUAACCUUUCUUGCCCUCUUUCUUCAUCAGAGGUAUGGUCAGGAAGUUCCAACUUAGACGAAAGCAAGCGCAUGUUUUCUUGUGUGUGUAUGUCUGUGUUUGUGCAUGUAGGAGGGCAGAAAUGGGGGCGGGGUAGAGAGAAUGCAGAGUUGGGAUAUACCCUGGGAGGCGAUUAAUUUGUUAUGAUCAAAUGUUCUACCCACUUAGCAUUUCGAAAGCCUGCCUUCCACAUUUACAUGUAGGUCCGCCCCUUUCGGAUUCUUUCCAAAUGCUCACGCUUUACACAGAGCAGGACCUCUAGUGUGAUCCCAAAUCACCCCACUCUCUUCACACCAAGCAGCUUUGCGCCCCUCUAACAUUAUGCAUACCAAUAUCCAUUAGCGAGCUAAUUCCGUUGGACUCUUGGUAUUGUUAACUUUAGCCCCCUACUGCUCUAUUAAGUGUGGAAGAGAUCGAAGUCCCCACCGCGACAAACGACUACUGAAUGUUGUACUGUAGGCUUCUCAGUCUCAAAUAGAAAUUCGCUCUCCCAUUCCCGAUCUAACUUGCUUCAGAUAUAUGUUGCUUACCAUGCAUUGCAGAGGGCGCUUUCUAUGUGUGCAUUCGAAGUCGUUCAGGCAACAUGUUAUUAUACUCGCACAGCAGUGUAGAAUAAACUUUUAACGGUUGCAGGUAGAGCUUCAGGAGGGGUCGCAAGCUUUAACCUUCUCCUCUGAUUUUUCCUAAAUCGAGUGGUGUUCUGUAAUUUCACCCUCUUAUCUUCUGGAGAGAGACUGGAGGUCACUCCAGCAAAGGAAGCUUUGCUAUUAUUGUAGUUAUUGUUGUUGGUGAUGAUAUUAUUGGUUCGUGUUCUGCCAUGUUGAUGACGUUAUCUUUGCGUUUGCUGCUGCUGUUGCUAUAACUUUUGUCGUCGUUACUGCGGUUAUUGUUAUUAUUGGGGUGGUUGUGUUUCUGUCGCUAUUGUUUGCUGUUAAUGUGGUGACGUCGAUGGCAAGGACAACUCUCGUGCUGAUAAUUCUGCACGUUUCUUUGCCUGACAUGUUCCUACAGCUGCUAAUGUUGUUAAUUUUGUUUCGGUCGGUACUAGUGGUGGCGAUGGUAUGUUCGUCAGCACAACUUUUCCAACAUCUAUUUUCCCUCCCUGGACGUUUUGCGAAAUAAUUAUUUUAAAAAUUUGUUAAUGAGAUGAGCAAAUUUUCAGCAAAUGAUUAACAAAUUCCUCACCGAAAGCAGAAACGCAAAGAGCUGAGUAACCCUUCAGAAUCUUUUAGAAUUUUACUCAAAAAUUUGAAGUAAGAUUUUACGAUGACAGUUAAAUUCAAACAAUUACGAGAGACUCGAACAAAAUAACAAUAACGAUAAUAAUAAUAAUAAUAAUAAUAAUAAUAAUAAUAAUAAUAAUAAUAAUAAUAAUAAUAAUAAUAAUAAUGAUGAUGAUGAUGAUGAUGAUGAUGAUGAUGAUGAUGAUGAUGAUGAUGAUGAUGAUGAUGAUGAUGAUGAUGAUAACAAGGAUAAUAAUAACAACAACAUCAAUAAUAAUGAAAAAUGGCAAGAAAAACCUCUCAAUGACAAAUACAAAAAAAAAAAAAAAUGCGAUGUUGACAAAACACUUACCAAUCAAUGGUUAGUGUGUUCUGGCUCCGGAACAGACUGGUCAGUUCGACUUCGUCUUCGCCUACCGCCUCACCGAGUGCGUCAUCGCUCUUUUCCUCCACUAACCCUGUAUAGAACUCGAGAGUAGAUGUUCCACUGAUCGCAUUGCCCGCUUGGUAGAGGGCAGUGAGUGCCUGGUGACAUUCCAGAUGCCAGUCACCUUGUCUCGGUCUCUUCUUGACCCUGGAUUGCAGCUCAGUCAGGGAGACGAGCUGGGGAAAGGCUUGUUUGAUAAACAGCGACCACACCUGUUCACCGUUUAAACAGAAUAUUUGGAGAUACCACAGCCUCAGCACAUGUCUGCGCAUCAUUAGCCACGGCAUUCCCAGCCUUCCGCGUAGAGGGUGUUGGCAGCAGAUGGACCGCCUCACCAAUGAAACCAGUCCCUUCCACAAGAAUAUGAAGAGGAGGCAUUCCAACAUGGCGAGGUGCGAACGGGGCAAGGCACGACUGUCAGGCGGUAGUAGAUGACCUCGUCCCAAUUCUUAUCCACCUGGAGAUCCGGUCCGAACCAAACCCCAUGCAACUUUACCGGUCCGUCCGUCCAGCAUCCAACGACGCUGUUGGACGGCAUGGACUUGCCUCUCCAUGUGCUGAGUUGCAUGCCCACCGACUUUUCCAGGUUAAGUUUUGCUCCCGUCAACUUUUCAUAUUCUUCCAAUGAUGUGCCGAUCGCCUAAAAUACAAUUCCAGUCGCCCACUAAUGUUCAUGAGCGCGAUAUUCUUAGAGACGCCUCAUGACGUCUGAAGACUUCGUUCUUCUUUUACUUAUCGAAGUACAAACAGCCACUUGUCUAAAAGCACUAUACCGCCAUUGAUACACACGUCUAUGACCACCAGCCUAUUAUCUGCGGUUAGAAAGAUCGUCCUUACCUUUAUAUUCUUACCCUUCCGAUACUGUACUCUCAUCUCUCAAAUCGGACUAGCGAAAGAAGUAUGGAUCUCGUUGUCUGCCAGAAGGAGAGCAAGCUAGUUCUUGGAAAUCCUAGCCCUGUUGAUAAUUACCACAUCUAGAUUUUGUAACCAAAUAUAAUACAGCAGGUUUUUCAGCUUCCACACCGACGUCAAACCACGUGAGUUUAUGAUCUCAUACUGUUGAUACUGUGGAUACUGUUGAUAUUGUUGAUACUGUUGAUGUUGUGGAUAUUUUUGAUGAAAUUGUUGACGAGGCGGCUGAUUCAUUUGUUUUGCCACGCUCUUUUAUUUUAGUGAAAUUUCAGCCUGCUAGGUGUUCAGACCGCGGAUGUAUAACUCUUCAACCUUGGCGAUAUCUCUAUUUUCUGUCCUUUCUCUAAUUCUUCCAUAUCAUCCUUAUUUUCAUUUGCUGAAUCUCAUGACUGUAUUGCCGAGCGUGUUCUUAUAUAUCUAUGUUUGCACGAAUGUUGCUUUGUUUAGGAUGGCACUUCAACUUGAUCUCCUUGGAAAGUUGUCGUUGUUGUGACCUCUGCUUUUUCUUCGACUGUUAUUGCUGUUGUUAUUGCUUCUGUGUAUUUUGUUUUAGCUGUGGUCGAGGUGUUGAUAAUUAGCAAGACAUAUCCACUACCUUUCUUUUCUUUCGCAUGGAACAGUAAGAUCUUAUGCAUGUGUAGCAUUUGUGCUUCUUAUGCAUUCUUAUGCAUGUGUAGCAUUUACGCUUCUUGUCCUCGGCUAUCAUCAUAAUUUUCUCACAUUUCAAGAAUUUCAAGAGCUUCAAGUUAUUCCUCACAUAACACGCAGUAAAACUAAUGCUUCUUAAUAAUAAUAAUAAUAAUAAUAAUAAUAAUGAUGAUGAUGAUGAUGAUGAUAAUAAUAAUAAUAAUAAUAAUAAUGAAAAUAAUAAAAAUAAUAAUAAUAAUAAUGAUAAUAAUAAUAAUAAUAAUAAUAAUAAUAAUAAUAAUAAUAAUAAUAAUAAUGAUUUCUUUUAUUGGCCACAAGGGGCCCAAGAUAAUAUCGAAAGACGAGUUACAGCACACGCAAAAAAAUAAAAUACAAAAACAGGUAGUGUUCACAUUGAUAAAAGAGAGAUACUAUCACAUUAAAGGAUAAAACAGAGGGUAUAUAAUAGAAAUUAAAGAAAGAAAUAAUAAAUAAAUAAAUAGAAUCCCCGAUAGCGGGAAUUAUUAUUAUUAUUUUCCGCUAAGGUCGACCUUUAUCUUUCAUUCCUUCGGGGUCGAUGGAAUAAGUACCAGUUAUGCACUAGGAUUGAUGUAAUCGACUUAUUUGACGGAUAUUUCAAGCCUUAUUCCUAUAACAGAAAGGUUUAUUAUUAUUAUUAUUAUUAUUAUUAUUAUUAUUAUUAUUAUUACUAUUAUUAUUAUUGUUGUUGUUGUUAUUAUUAUAAAGGCGGCGAGCUGGAAGAAUCGUUAGCAUACCGGGUGAAAUGCUUAGCGCUAUUUCGUCUGCCGCCACGUUCCGAGUUCAAAUUCCGUCGAGGUCGACUUUGCCUUUCAUCCUUUCGGGGUCGAUUAAAUAAGUACCAGUUACUCCCUAGUAGAGUCGAUGUUACCGACUUAAUCCCUUCCCCCAAAUUUGAGGCUUGUGCUUCCAGUAGAAAGAAUUAUUAUUAUUAUUAUUUGAUGAAAACUCACAGCUUAUUUUGCUGGUUAUGAUGGAAAGUAUCAACUGUCCGCAGCCAGCAGACUAAGGUGACACUUGUUUACAGGUCAUGCUUCAAGAACCCUGCGAAGAAUUCUUGCAGUUCCAAGCAAUAUUAUUUUUGUAGGUGUUCUACCUUCACACUUUCAGCAAUCCUUUUUGGCCUUGUUGGUCGUUGAGUGUUGAUAUUUCCAAGUGCACCAAUUACUAAUGGUAUCACGCCUACUCUCCUCAUUGACCACAAACUUCGUUACAAUAAUAAUAAUAAUAAUAAUAAUAAUAAUUAUUAUUAUUAUUAUUAUUAUUAUUAUUAUUGGCGGUGAGCUGUUAGAAUUGUUAGCAAACUGGGCGAAAUGCUUAGCGACAUUCCAUCCAUCUUAUGUUCUGAGUUUGAAUUCUGCUGACGUUGACUUUCCAUUUCAUCCUUACAGGGUUGAUAAAAUAAGUACCAGUUGAGCACUGGGAUCGAUGCAAUCGACUUACCCCUCCCCCAAAAUUGCUGGCCUUGUGUCAAAAUUUGUAAUUAUUAUUAUUAUUGUUAUUAUUAUUAUUAUUAUUAUUAUUAUUAUUAUUAUUAUUAUUAUUAUUAUUAUUAUUAUUAUUAUUAUCAUUAUUAUUAUUAUUAUUAUUAUUAUUAAAGAUUAGUUAGUAGGUACAUAACAGAUGUGGUAAAAUGUUGCUUUCAAAUUCAGAGCUCAAAUCCCUCCAAUGUCAAUUUUCCUUUUCAGCCUGAGUUGAUAAAAUAAGUACGAGGGUUAGAUGAAAGGUUCAUAGGCUAACUCUGAAGGAGUGAUGCUAGAGCUGUGAAAUCUCGCAUGCAUUAACUUCCCUUAUUAAUGACUUCAUUGUUUCAUUCCAAGUAAACUGACAUCUGACUGUUCAAAGAAGACUUCACAAGUAACUAAUAACGACUUCUCUUGAAAGUGGACAAAAUUUGGCAUCGUCGUCUCAUCAAAUACCUGCCGAAAAAGAAUUUAUCCCUCAACUACUUUCAUGCUGAUAUGGUUGCUACAUUAAGAGGUGACGCUCUAGCGUUAUCAACAGUGCAAAAGUAAACAGCUGAAUUGAGGAGAAAAAGGUAGAGUCUAAAAGAUCAGCCACAGUCUGGACGUCCUGCAACUGCCACCACCGAAGAAAUCAUUAAUCGUAUUCACUACAUGGUGAUGAAUAACAAGCGAUUGACUAUAAAUCAAAAAGCCAAUGCUAUUAGUAUAUCCUGUGAGAGAGUUGAGAAUAUCCUACACAUUGAACUUGACAUGACAGAAGUUUUUGCUUCAUCAUUUUGAGCCAAAGAUAAAGAGAUUUUCCAUAGAGUGGAAACACCCUUCCUCACCUACUCCAUCUGCAGGGAAAGUGAUGGCUCAGGUUUUGGGGUGCAAAUGGCAUGUGUUUAUUGAUUAUCGUCAAAAGGGUCACGUCAUCAAUGGAGAGUACUACGUCAACUUACUGAGGCAGUUAAGAAACAAGAAUAAACGUCCACAAAAACAAACGAAAGGGGUCUUGUUUCAUCAGGGCACUGCUCCAGCGCACAAGUCCUUAGCUUCAAUGGUUGCUGUGCGUGACUGUGGCUGUGAACUGGUUGAUCACCAUCCCUAUUCUGAUAAGGUCCCUCUCUUCCCCAACAUGAAAAAGCACUUCGCUGGGAACCAGUAUUGUAGUUUCAUAUCUGUUGUUUUGACCAACAAGAUGAAAGCUUUUUCAUCAAUGGGAUCCACGUACUGCAACACCGAAAGAAGUGUGUUGACCGCAAGGAGGACUAUGUUGAAAUAUAAACCGCACUUGAUUACAUUCCAUAAGUGUAUCUUGGUCAGCCUAUGAACUUUUCAGCCGACCCUCGUACAAGUCUUGUGUGUUGGGUUCAUCCGAUCAUCUAUAAACUAUAAGCUUCCCUUAAAAUGUGUGGCCUUGUGCCAAAGCCAGAAAUUAUUAUUAUUGAAGACAUCGUUGGUUUCAUAACUCGCACCAUUUCAAGAGCGUUACUCAAUUGUUCAUUCAUUAAAGGUUUAUGCGUAAGAGCGAAUACUUCACCAGUAGAAAUAUCAGCCGUAGCAGCUGCAGUAGUAGCAGUGACAGCAACAACAUCUUUCGUAUAUAUUUUAUGACUAAUUAAUAAGUGCUUGUUACUAGUCCUUACAUACCCCCCCCCCCAUCUAGAGAUACAUCUCCGCAAGGAAGGACCGCAAGCAAAAUAAAAAAAAAAGGAAAUGCUUAUUAUUUAUGAAACAAGUAUAUAUUUAUGUGGAACUUUAUACACACGCGCGCACACACACACAUAUACAGGGUGGGCCAAAAUUACUGCCCCGACUUGAAAUGUAAUGAAAAUGAGAAAAAAUGAUCAUAAUGAGGAGAUGCUCCAUCUUGCACAAAGAUUUUCGAAUGACGGUAUCAAAAACAUGGCCAGAUGAUGUUUAUACACAACGCCAAGUAACGAUCACCAUUCAUCGUCUCUCGUAGAAUAUGGAAUGCACAAAUUCCUGAAGACGAUAUCGACGCCCAAAUGACAAGAGAAAAUGAGUUGAUCAAAAAAUCUGGAAUCUUUGGCUUCGACCAGUAUUAUCUCACAAAAUUCGACACAUCGAAUAAUCGAUGACAUAUAGAAAUAAUAACAGCAUGCAUCAAGAAGCUACAGAACUAAUAGACACAUAUAAUUGGGACACAUAAAAUUGGGGUACUAAUUUUGGCCCACCCUGUAUAUAUUACAGAUAUGCAUAUACAUAUGCAUGUAUAUGUAUGUAUGCAUAUAUUAUACAUAUACAUGUGUGUGUAUCUGUGUAUGCGUGUGUGUGUGUGUGUGUAAUGUGAUGGACGUUUCUCAAUCCGACAAAAACAAAGGCUGUUCUGCAAUUUCUUGCUGAACGACUUUCUCAGAUGAUUUGUUUAUUGUGAUCAAGUGUUUGUGCGGCACAUAAGUUCACUUCCUCUAUCUAAUUGCCUGUACAAGAUACACGAUGUGCCACACUUCAGAUGUCGAAGUGGUGACAGAACAACGAGAUGGAGCGUUUAAGAACACAAUGCACCACUCGGCCUGGGAAUCGAACCCAUGCUCUCGCGAUUCGUGAUCAUGUGUGCUACAUCCUAACACAUACAUACCUAUGUAUGCGUGUGUAACUGUGUGUGCGUGUGUGUGUGUGCGUAUGGGUGCGAGUGCGCGCGCGUGUAAAUAAAAUUUCAAAUCAUUUACAUAUGCCAGCAAUUAUCAAUGUAGUCGAUGGUCGCCUUUAUGAAACACCAUUUAUCAUUUACGUAAUGGUUCCAUAUUCUAAUAACACAUAUUUCAAAUAUGUAUUAGAACUCGAAAAUUCGCACAUGCAUGUGGAUACACAUACAUACACAAGUAUAAAAUAUACAUACCUAUGUUUAUGUUUCAUAGAAAAAUAUGACACGAAGAACGAAAUCACCAGGCUAAUUAGAGUUGAAUGUUUAAUUUGGCUGAUAAAAGAUAACACUGAUUUCGAAGUUUCACAUGGUCGGUUUUCCUAAUUAUAUGAGAAAAAAAAAAUGAAAUAUUUACAUAUUGCAUACAUGUAAUCUUUGGUCAAGUGAGAAGAGAAAAUGCUUGAGUUAAAGAGGAGGAAGCAUAUGAUGAUUAAUUUUAGAAAGUUCUAACUUAAUUAGGAUAUUAAUAGACAGGGUAAAUUUGAUAGGUUUUGAAAUAUAUCUAAACAUACAUUAAUUACCUUUGUUUAAAGUUUCGUGUAGGUCAUACAUAGAGAAAUGCUAUGUAUUUUUAGUUACUUUAACGAUGAAGUUAAAGUGAAUAUGUAUUGUUACUUAUCACUAAAAUUGUAUAGAAUAUAUUUCUAAGUCGGACAAAUUUAGAAGGUUCUCUUGGUACGUUUACCUUUUGUUAUUCAUAAAAUAAAAUCCUAUAUACACACCCACACAUGCGCGCACACACACACACAUAUGGACAAAAGCAAAAAGUAAGAAGUUGAGAUAAGUUCAGAACUGAGAGAACUCAAAGAAACGGAAAGAGUAAACUGUUACAAGGUUUCCGACAUCGUGGAUCUUUCCCUAUUUUGAUAGGAAAUUGAUUUAAAGUAGUCAUUGUUCUGAACAUUCUAUAUCUGCAGGAUGAAACUGAUUGCCAGUGAAGGCUAAGUUAACAGAUGUUACAUAAUAUGACUGAUUAUAUAACAGUCACUUUUUUUUAAAUGUUGGUGAAAAGUUUUGCAAAACAAAGUAUUCUCUAUUUUAUAUCAGAAAAUGAAUGAUUAGAUUUCAUGCUCCAAAUAUAUGUCCAAAGCGAAGUGUCGCCUUUAUUCCGGUUUUGAAUCAUAUAUGCGUGUUGAUAAACCAAAGUUUAAAAUAUCUAACGGUUAAUCUGAUAUAUGAUUUCGAUCAGCAGUCAGUGUUAUCAAUAGCCCAUUGUACCAAUUCUUUGGCUUUUUAAUUAUCUUCUAGAGAGCAUUUGUCAUUGUUUACAUCACUGGAUCUCAACCAGGGCCCAUAUGAGCCUUGAAGGUCCAUAGAAGAUUUAGUUGUUAAAAUUUAUGUGCAGUAAAUUGGUUAUACUUCUACAAUAUACAAACUAUUUUAACAUUUUUUCGUGCAAUUCUUAAUAAUAUUUAAUUCAGCGAAUAUAAUAGGAAUCAAAGGGAUCCCUAGAUAAAAUAUUGCCGAGAACCACUGAUUUACACAGUUUCAAUUUAACUUGUCAUAGAUAGAGGGGUUGCUUUUAAUUAAGAUUAGUUGAAACUAUCUCAUGUUGGUAUGAAAUUGUCGGAAAAGAGAUUUCAAUAUAAAUUUUGUUGAAAACAUGGCAUUUGUAAGUGAAGAAAUGCAUAAAAGUAUUUGAAAAUUACUUUGGCUACAAAUAUCGUUACUUGUAACUUAUACAGUGAAUUGUAUCACAUAAAUAUUUUACAGCUCCCGGUGAAAUAAACAAGUGAAUCAUUUUCGAUGUAUAAACAGCCCAUUUAGUGUAUUAUAUUUCAUUUUAUAGCUUGCUCACACACAAAAUCUUUUAAUUUGAAAUGUGAAAGCGUGUGGCUUAGCGAUUAGUGUAUUUGACUUACAAUCGGAAGGUCGUGAGUUCGAUUCCAGGUGACGUAUUGUGUCCUUGCUCAAGGCACUAUAUUUCUCAUUGUUCCAUUCCACUCAACCGGCAGAAAUGAGUUGUACCUGUAGUUCAGUGAGCCAGCCUGGUCAUAUUCGGUGUGUCACGCUGAAUCUACUUGAGAACUACGUUAAGUACGUGCGUGUAUGUGGAUGUAGUAGAGUUAACCCCGACCGUGAAAUUGCUGGUCUUGUGCCAAAAUUUGAAAUCAAUAUAAAUGCAAUACUAGCUCAAUGAUUUUAGUGUAACAUAAAUACAUGGUAAUUGCCUAUUAUUAUGUAUAUCAAUAUUGAUACACUAAUAUUGUUACUGCACAGCUGUGGGUAUCGUACCGAAUAUUGUUGUAGCUGCUGCGCUGAUAUGAAAACAUUUUUAUUAAUAAUAAUAUGGUACUUGUUAUGACUACAGUACUAAUAUAGUUUCAGUGAUAUUGUAUGUUGUGAAAUCACUUUGUUACAGCAUUAACGUAUGACUAUAAUAUUUGACUGAAUGCAAUAACAUGGUCACUGUACUGAUGUGAGCUCUGUACUAACAUGGCUACAGCUCUGAUAUCAUUAUUUUAUUCUUGUUGAAUGUGACGAUGGGAGUAUUCUGCUCUUAUGAGGUGAACAUAACUGAAGCAGAUACGAAAUUUAAUCCAAUUUUGAUUUUGCACUACUUUUAAUAACAUAUUUACGUGGGUGUUGCACUAAUUUAUGAUAAUUGCACUAAUAUCUAUCUCUACUGUACAGAUAUGGAUUUUGUACUGAUGUGCAUACUGUAUUAAUGUGGACACACGAUUGUGAUUUUACUAACGUGCUGACACUAAGUAUUGUACUGCUCUUGUUAUUAUUCCACACUGCACUAACGAGGUGAAAACUAUAUUGGUCUGGAUGUUAUCCCAGUGAGGAUAUUCAUGGAAAAGAUAUACCAAACAAAUGGAAAAAAUGGAAUAUAAUCAAAUACAAAAUUCAAAAAGACUUCCGGAAGUCGGCGUCGGGAAGAAUCAAUAACGUAAAAUCGAAGAUGAGGUGUUAGUUUGAUCUGAGGAAAGUUUCAAACAGAAAAAAGUAUCUUUUUGCUGUUGAAAGAGAAAAGAUUUUUUUUUUCUUUUUCUUGUAAUUGAGAGAUUGUAAAUGUUUUGUUCAUACAGAUUAAUUACACUUCGCGGAUACCUGAGCAAAAUGUUGUCAUGUAGUGUCCUGAGGUGUGACUGGCUGACAGAAAUGGUUUCUCCCAAGCAAUGGCCGAAACGUAAGUGAAAGCAGUUAGAUGAAGAUAUACAGCUAUCUACCACCACUUUUAACUGGUGUCAAAAUUCUCUUCUAAAAAACAAAGAAGGGUUUUGUACUGGAAUGCAUGAGCUGUAAUUAUAUGAUACUGUAUUAACUUGAUCUUCCUUCCUGUAGGGACAUGUACUGUACAUGACAGCACCAUACUACAGAGUCUACUCAACAAUUAUGGACUACGUUUAGUUAGCAUUGAGUAAGCUCACACUAUGUUUGAUUGUUGGCUCUCUCUCUCUGUCUCUCUCUUUCUCUGUCUCUCUGUCUCUUUCUCUCUUUCUCUCUACACACACACCACACACGCACGCGCACACACACAUAUUGUUUGUUUUUAUGUAAAGUUAUGUGCAAAAACAAUUUAACAUUAAACUGAAGGAUUACAAAAUACUUAUUUAGUAGAUUGCAUGUUAACUAACACUUAAAAAUAAAUGGCUAAUUGCGACUUUGAAGUUUCAGCUCCCUUGCCUUCGUCAAGCAGUCUGAUGAAGGCGAGCAAGCCGAAACUUCGAAGUGACUGCCAAACUGUUACGUAUAAAAGAUAACACACACACACACACACACACACACACACACACACACACACACUGAUGUAUUGUGUAGAGUCAAAAGUUUUGCAAUAUUUUCGUAACUUUUCUACUCCAGGCACAAGGUCCGAAAUUUUAGGGAAGGGGACCAGUCGAUUAGAUCGACCCCAGUACGCAACUGGUACUUAAUUUAUCAAUCCCGAAAGGAUGAAAGACAAAGUCGACCUCGGCGGAAUUUGAACUCGACUUUGCUUUCAUCCUUUCAGGGUCGAUAAAUUAAGUACCAGUUGCAUAUUGGGGUCGAUCUAAUCGACUGGCCCCCUCUCACAAAAUUUCGAGCUUUGUGACUAGGGUAGAAAAGAAUAUUUUCGUAACUUUUUGCUUUAUUCAUCGAGUUCCAAUAAAGGCAGCAUAGCAUUCAAAGUAGAGGCCAUCGUGUUGCACCACCUGAAGCCACCAUUUUGCCAGUUCUUUGGUCCCAUUCUGAUACUAGUUCUUGUCUUUCGAGGUGAAGAACUCCUUCACUGAAGCUGUCACAUCCUCUUGGUUGAUGAAGUAUCGCGAGCGCAGGAAGCCAGCCAUGGAUCGAAACAAGUAAUAAUUCUAGAGGGCUAAGUCCGGACUAUAUGCUGGGUGUGGAAUCAGUUCAAUUCCCUCACGUUUCUGAAGUUUAUUCCGACUCACUCAAAUGGUAUGAGAUCUUGCGUUGUCUUGCUGCAGAAGAGGUCGCCUUGUGUUAACCAAUGCCAGGCAUUUUCCCCGCACAAUGGCGUACAUCUGCUCCAGCUUUUUGGAGUACAUGUUUGCAUCGAUGGUUCGAUCGCCCAGAACGAACCUGCAGUGAAUUAUCCCCUUAUAAUUCCAUCAGACAUAGACCAUCACCUUGUGUUCGAAACGCCCAUGUUUGGCGACAUGUUCCAGAAGUAGGGCCCUGCUUAACUACUGCUUAUGCACGUUAGGAUUGCCGAAAAAUAUCUCCAUCGGAUUAUUACUUGUUCCGAUCCAUGGUUCGCUUUCUGCGCCCGCGACCCUUCAUAAACAAAAUGGAGGUAGAAGCUUCAGUGAAGGAUUUCUUCGCUUCUAAGGACAAGAACUGUUAUCAGCAUGGGAUUAAUGAACUAGCAGAAAGGUGGCCUUAGACCGUGCAACACAAUGGCCCCUACAUUGAAUGGUAGGGUGAUUUUGCUGUAACUUGACGAAUAAAGCAAAUAAGUUACUAAAAUACUGCAAAAAGUUUGACUCAACACAUGUAUAUGUCUAUGUGUGAAUUAUGUAUAUACAAAUGCACGCGCACACACACACACACACACACACACACACACACACACACACACACGCAUACACACACACGUGUAUUUAGACAUACGUAUAUGUAUAUAUAUAUAUAGUAUAUAUAUAUAUAUAUAUAAGAAUUUUUUUUUAGAAGCGUAAUAUUGAAAUAUAGGGCAAAGUGUAAAUCAAAAUAAACAACGGUGAAAGCCUUAAUGCAUUUAUCAUAAUUAACUUUAGACUACGUAUUGAGUACUUCUUUCCUUGUUACAAGCGGUGAAAUACAAUAUAUUCCUAUACCAUACGCGCACGCACAAAAGAAUUAUUGUGGGUUUACAUUAAUGUGAAUUGCAAUUCAACGAAAUAUUUCUCGAAGCUAGCGAUGAAUGGAUAUUGAUUUAAAAUUAAAUCAGUAUGAAUCGCUACUCAGAGUUUCUCUAAAGACAGAAUGGAAAAAGAAAAAAAAAAAAAGGGAAAAGAAA